UCCUCACUCACUUAAAAACACUUCCUAUUUUCACAACCUAAUCUAACCCUUAUCAAGGAGUUUAACACAGUUUGUUUGGCAUUGUAUACGAGUUGUUGUAAUUAUUCUUGUACUUGAGUUUAAUUCCGGCGAAUAAAAAAACCUAAUCUAACCCUUCGCUCUUCUCUCGCUUCAACUAUUCACACCAAGAUGGAAGCUGUUUGUCUUCACUGUGGCGACAGAGGCUUUCCAGAAACAUUGGUUUUUUGCAGCCAGUGUAAGGCUUAUGCGCUGCAUAGGUACUGUUUAAAGGGGCCUGUGAUUUUUACUGAUGCUGUUACAUGGUUUUGUGAGGAUUGUGCAACAAAGCUAUGGGUGCCACCUGCUCUUGACCAAUCUACACCUAUCUCAUCUGUAACAAGAAAAAAUUGCGUACUGGGAGUGAAGAAACACAAUAAACAGCAAAAAAAGAAGGUUAAAAAGAAGCAGAAGGAAGGAAAAGCUAACUCUGGCUUAGUUGCUGAAACAAAGGUUGUAUUAUCUGGUAGUCACAGUUCACCUGGGCCUGAGCAUCCUCAAUGUAGCAACAGAGCUGAAGAAUAUGAGGUGAAAAAUGACUGUGGACCAGCUCCAAGGGAUGUAGCUAAUUUUGUUGUUGGUGAAGAAGAAAGUGUGGCAAGGGAUUUAGCUAAUUCUGAUGAAGGUUUCAAAUCUGUUCCAGUUUCUCAAGGAGCUAACAAUAGUGAUUCAGGUUGUGUAGAAUUAGAUGGUUAUGUUUAUGCACAGCCUACUAUUAAUCCAAUCUGGAGGGGAAGUAUGUAUUUCUGCAAUGAAACUAAUGGUACUGUCAAUGGACUUCUGGCUCAUAUGUCUGAUUUAGCGUGCUCCAAAGUUGUGGAGGAGACAGGUCAUUUCCCUGAAGUGCUUCAUGCUGAAUUGCUUCCCAGAGAUAAGGUGUGGCCUGAAAGUUUCAAGAGUAGGAGGCCAACUGAUCAGGACAUUGCUCUUUUUAUCUUUCCUGACGGUGAAGGAUCUGAAAAGGACUUUGAUAAGGUGGUUGAAGAUAUCAUGAUCCAUGAGCAUGCCAUAAAAAUUGUGGCUAAAAAAGCAGAGCUUUUAAUUUUUCAUUCUAUCGAGCUUCCAAUCAAAUAUUGGAGAUUUGAAGCCAAGUAUUAUUUGUGGGGUGUCUUCAGACGAAAGCAAAUUUCAGAAGAGACAAAUGAUGCUGUGUGCAGAGAUUGACUAGGCUCUUAGUUUAGCAUAACCAUAGACAUAGUUCAUCUAAUACUUUGAGCAAUAGUGGUAGUACCUAUGAUUCUAAUGCAUAGUACUCCUGUGCUUAUACUCACUGAUAUAUUAAUAACUGAUCAUAUAUACAAAAGCAUGAUGGGAAUUAGAGUGAAUAGAAUGUGGUGAAAGCAAGAGUUAGGAAGGGAAAGUUUGAUGAACUAGAGAUGGCAAGAGUAAGAGAUGUCGCCAGAAUUCUUAUGAAGGAAGCACUACUUAGUUGCCAACCAGUAAACCAAGAGUGAGAAUUAGGCCUAUUUGUCCCGUUGAUACCCCUGAGACACAGAAUGUUGUUGGGGAUUGGCUCAGCACAGAUGAGGCUCCUUAUUUGACCCCUGGAAGUCAGUUUUACUAGGAUUUUGUACAUUCAAGUUAUUGAAAAUAGAAAAAAUAAUCGUCUCAAGAAAAACUAUAAUAAAAAAAUGUUGAUUAGUAUUUAC